GUCGCAGCUGCCGGCCGAGACGCUGCACCAGGUAACAGAAGUGUGUGGUGCUAAGCGGCUUGGCUAUUUCGGCUGUGGACAGUUUUACGUGGCUCUGAAGCUGAUGGCCGCGGUGCAGGCGGGUUUGCCGGUACGUCUGGAGAGCAUCGCAGGUGAACUUCCUCUUCCUGUGUUUGUCGGGAUAACAAACGAGCUUGAGAUGCGUUACCCCAAUCAACCCUUGACCAAUGAGAGCCAGUCUCACAUCCUGGGCUCGGUUGCAGGCUCCGCCCCUCGUCCCCCUGCAGACAGACCUGUACUCAGACACCCUGACACCAGCAUGGACAAGCUGGAGGCGUGGUCUCCACCACAGUCACCUGGCAUCUCCCCGCCCCGUUCACCAUCAGCCUAUCGCAGCUAUCCAUAUGGUGCACAGAGAAAUGGAACAGACACACUAUUGGUGCAUGACGCUAAAGUGCCGGGUCGUCCCAGCGUUCCUCAGGAAAACUCCUCUCCCAGUCAUUAUUCUGUCAAGCUGCAGCCGGAGCAGCCUGUCAUCACACGCGUUGCAUCUGUGGAGCGGCUGGUGGAGCGCUUGGAGGUCGAUUACUCCGACGACCCCUGGAGGAUCACAGAGGAGCAGCGUGAAUACUAUACCAACCAGUUCCGGAGUCUCCAGCCUGACCUCAGCGCUCUCAUCAUGGGAACUGUUGCAAAAAACUUCUUUACCAAGUCGAAGCUUCCGAUUCCAGAGCUGUCUCAUAUAUGGGAGCUGAGCGAUGUCGACAAGGACGGUGCUCUCACUUUCCCGGAGUUCUGCACUGCCUUCCAUCUGAUUGUGGCCCGGAAAAAUGGUUACCCUCUUCCUGAAACGCUCCCUGCCACGCUGAGACCGGGCUUUGUGGAAGCAGGUGUGGUUACAGCGCCACCAUCUGAGGCAACUCUACCUCUUAUUGUCUUUGAUGAAAAUAUGAUGCCUGGAGCCAAUCAGCUCAAAAUGGGUUCUGUUGACCUGCAGGGGACCUCUAGACCAGGUGUGACUGCUAAACAGGAAGCGAGAGAUGAAAGCAGGAAACCGGAAUUCAGCCCAAAGAGAAUUCCAGAGCCACAUGAAAAGACAAUACAGCAUGUCAGCACUUUAAAACCAGAUUCGCCACAAGAACUUGAUGCAAACAUGAAGUCAAGAACACGGCCCAGGUCAUAUUCCAGCACCUCCAUAGAUGAUGCCAUGAAGAAGGUGGAGGAGCCUCCCACUCCUCCUCCUCGACCCCAGAAGACUCACUCCCGCGCCUCCUCUCUCGAUCUCAACAAGCUCUUCCAACAGAGCGGUCAAGGUUCACGCCCAUCCCAGCAUUCUUUAAGUGCUAAAAGUGGCUGGUUGCCUCCUCCUCCAGCUCUCCCUCCACGACCACCAGCUACACAGAUCUUCAGCUUCCUCCCUGGCUCAGAGAAGAGUUCCCAGAAGGCCGUUCAGCAGCCAAACUUUGCAGAUUUCAGCAAGUUUAGGGAGGAGCAGGAGAGCAGCUUGAGAGGUCUGAGCACAGAGGACCUGACGCCUCCCAAAUCGGAGUCUACAGUGGUACACCAAGGCCAUGCCCCUCAGAAGCCUGUGCGAAGAAAGCUCCACCCUGAAAGCCAGAGUGCCACGCCCCCCUCGGCCACACCCUACUCUGCUGCAACAUUGACCAAAUCUACCCAGAGGCCUCCACCCAAGCAGAAGAGAGAGAUCCAGAUGGCCAUACGGAAGAACCGAGAAACCAACGCAGUCCUGACACGUCUCAACAGUGAACUACAGCAACAGCUAAAGGUCGUGCAUCGGGAGCGAGUCACUCUGGAAUCCCAGCUGGAGUUGCCGCGGCCCGUGACGUCAACCUGACCCAACACACGCUCGCUUUCCCUCUCUUUCUGUCUUUCUUGUGUCUAAUACUUUGAGCUGUAACUCAGUCACAUGACAGGAUACGCACUUUAAGUGACCAAACAUUUGGGACGCCACAAACACUGUGUCAGAAGCACAGGAAGAGGAUUUUACCUCCACGGGAGAACGUGAAGAAUUCUAGGAAGUUUGUUUGGCCAAGAAAACUAUUUUUGUUUUGUUGGUUUUGGGCUUGUGUUUGUAUGUUCCUGCCUGUUUUACAGCAGAAUUAUGCUAACACAGCUAACCACUAGUUACACAUAUCAAUAAAAAGCAAAAGCUUCAUUAUUUCACUUCAUUCCAGGAAACUGGAAAUCAAUUUAUCAAUGGAUCUGGUUGUAUAACUGCACAAAUACGUUGACUAAUGGUUUAAACUACGCUUUUUGUAUUUUUGUUACCAUAAUUUAAUAAACAUGAAUUUGUUUGAGGCUGAUCAUGUUCCACCAAGAAUAAGCUUAUGAGGGUAAAUAUCAUGAAAAAGUCAAGAAACAUUUCACCCCAAAAACAGAAGGAAAAAACAGAAUUAGAAUUAUAAUAACUAACUA